AUGGCUGAGGCUUUGGGCAUCGUGGCAAGUAUCAUUGCCAUUGUUGAACUGUCUGCGAAAUCUUGCCACUCAAUCAAAGGGCGCAUAGACUCUGUUCAAAACGCACCACAGUUGCUCCGUUCCAUCCGGAAUACGGCCUCCUCGGUGGAGGCCCUGCUGAAUGACAUGAGAAGUCUAGGCAAUGAGCGAUUAGCAGCGUCCGAGUCCCUGAAGAAAGCACUAGCCAUCCCCAAUGGCGAUGUAGAGGCAUGCAAGCGCGAGCUCGAGGGUUUGGACACGCUCCUUGAGACGUACAUUGACAAUGCUGGCCCUUCAGCGUCAGGGAAACGUCGCAAAUGGAUGGCCAAGAUCAUCACGUGGCCGCGGACGGAAGAGAAGGCCAAGAAGCAUCUCCAAGAAAUAGAGCAAUACCGCAAGAAUAUCCACAUGGCACUCCAGAUCGAGCGAAGGACUGUGAGAGGAUAUCGAGAACGUCGUGAAGAGGUGUUCAAAUGGCUCGCUCCCAAGAAUUACGAGGUAGAUCAGAUAUCAACAAUCAACCGGAGAUCAGAUGGGACGGGCAAAUGGCUGUUGGACUCGCCAGAAUAUCGCGGAUGGCUAGGAGCUGAAAAAGCUACGCUUUUCUGUAGCGGAAUCCCUGGGGCCGGCAAAACCUUCAUCACGGCGACCGUCAUCAAGGACCUUUAUAGUAGGUUUCCACAGGAAAGUGGACCGAAAGUUGGCGUCGCAUAUCUCUAUUUGAACUACCAACAGGAGCAAUCAGACCACGAGCCCGAGUGUCUGCUCAAGAAUCUUCUCGGGCAGCUAAUCCUAAGCCUUCCGCAUACGGAUGAAGCCCUCGAAACUUUCCAGUUUGCUCGCAAACUAUACGAGUCAUACGGCCAACGGGGCGAUGGCACGCGGUCCACUCAACAAACCUUCUCUGAAGUUUUUCGCCGCGUAGGAAAUUGGUACGACAAAGUCUUCGUCGUCAUUGACGCGUUAGAUGAGUGCGGAUCGUCAGCUCAGUGCCAUGCGUUCGUAUCGCAGAUCGUCAGUCUACAAUCCGAGACCGACAUGUGCAUCUUUGCUACUUCUAGGGUUAGAGAAGACGCUCUGCUCUUCGGGGAAUACAUGUGCUUUUCGCUGGACAUUAGGGCCAGCGACGAAGAUGUGCAGAACUACCUAGACGGUAGGAUGGCUGAAUUUGGAGACAAGUUUAAGAAAAAUCUAGCCCUAAAGGAGGAAAUCAAGGCUGAGAUUACUAGGAAAGCCGAUGGGUGGCAACGUGCUAGCUUCCUCCUCGCUCGUAUUUAUAGGGAUGCGUUGAAGGAUCUGUCGACAGAGUGGGAGGUCCGACAACAGCUUCUCAAUUUCCAACAAGGCAAGGAUCUCUCCGAAACGCUGGCACUUGCGUAUGAGAGAAUUCUCGAGAGAAUUAACCACCAAGCCGAAAGCCCAAAGAAAUUGGCUAGGAAGGCACUUACGUGGGUUACCUUCGCCACACCCCCGUUAACUGAAGUGGAACUCCGGCAGGCGCUCGCUGUGGACGUAACGAUGUCCCAAUUUGAGGAAAGCAACGUCGCAACCGUGGACAGGAUCAACAGGGUAUGCUGCGGGCUACUGAGGAUCGACGAAGGCCACAUCGUCCAAUUAGCCCACUAUUCGACAAAAGAAUACCUGGUAAAGGAAAGGGAUAAGUGGUUACCAGAUGCUCACGGGAUGAUUGCCGAAAUUUGCAUCACGUAUCUCUCCUUCCAGGAAUUCUCCAGGGGGCCCUUCCCAAAUGUCGAAUGGUUUGGGUCUGGGGAUUUAGAUGCAUUGGCCAAAAGCAAGCCGCUAUUCAGGUAUGCUUCGUCUAACUGGGCACAUCAUUUGUCUCAUGCCGGCGAAGAAGAGAUACGAAGGUUGCUUCCCAAGUUCGCCGACCGGUCAGACAACAUGCGUUUGUCCUUCCAGGCGCAUUUAGUGGGGUCACGCCGGCACUUUCCGGACGGCAUCGAGAAUACCCACAUCGUCAGCUACCUGGGCAGCCCUGGAUUUGUCCGUGCUUUCGCCCAGAAAGGCCUGCUGCGACGGGGUGAAAGAGAUAGCCGGCAACAGACGGCCGUGCACUGGGCCGUGUCUAGGAAGGACGCCGGAGCUCGAGAAAUGGUUGAGACAUUGCUGAGCCUCGGCUUCGACGUUAAUGUAGUUGACGCCCACGGGCUCAGCCCCCUUCACAUCGCCGUCAGAUCGGGCGACCUCGAGAUUGUGCAGCUUCUGCUAGACAAAGGAGCAAACACGGAGAUUGGUAACCAGUCAGUUACACCAUUAAUCGACGCAUGCUGCGGCGGCCACGACAAAAUAGUUCGCGUGUUGCUUGACAAAGGCGCAAAUGUCAAUGUAGUAAGUAAACUGGGGCCACCCUUGGCAGCCGCAAUAUUGGGACGAUCCGAGAAAUGUGUCGCCGAGAUUCUCAAGGACAGGCGACUCAAGAAGUACCAGCGCAACUAUCAAUAUGGCACUGCUCUCAACGACGCCGCGUUUCACGGUCUCCCAGGAAUCGUGAAGAAGCUGCUCAAGGCGGGGUUUGACCCGAACAAGACAGUGGGUGGUCCCGAUACUGCCUUGCAAGUCGCCGCUGCCGCUGCCAACAAGUUCGCUCACCCAAAAGAGAGUGAGGAAGUGGUGACGAUUCUCUUGGGAAGUGGUGCCAACGUAAAUGCGCCAGGGGGCCAAUUCGGUACUGCCCUGGAAGCUGCACAGUCCAACGAGAAUAAGGAACUGGAACAGUUGUUGAGAAGCCACGGUGCCGUGGAGGUAAAUACGUGCGAACUACUGCGCCAAAACUCCGUCCUGAUGACUGGUCUAGAUUAUGGACAGUCUUCACUGGUGCCGAAGAUACUAAAGGGCCAGCUGCGCCAUUUCACGAUCGCUGUCAUGAUGAACAACGAAGCGGUAUUAGAAGACUACACAAAUAUCACAGUCAUCGCAUUCAAGGAGGCGAUCCGAGAAAGGAAAAUCAAGGACAUCGAGUUACUAGCACAGCUCGCGCUAAUGGCGUUUGAGCAGCUCGUAGCGUUGGCGAGAAAUGACAUGGGUGACGGCGAUGUGAGCGAAGGAAGCGGCGGCGGGUCUGGAAACUCCUCUGACCCCGGGUUCUACCAUCUUCUGCUGAUGCCGCUUGUCAGGUCCACCGCAAAGGCCUCAGAAUUUAUCAGUUUUAUCCUGGGCAAUCAUGGUGCGAAACGCGAGACACCUGGCGUUGCCCUUCACGCGGCGAAUACAGCCAGCUCCAAGUUGGAAGUGCUUACAAAGAGCGCAGUAGCCAUCCUGACCCUGGCAAUCGAGCUGGGAGAUGAAGAUAUUGUGCGGCUGCUAGCUGAGCGUUGGGCGAGUGCUCUCCGACACAUUUCCUUCCCGGGAAAAGCCAGCGAUCGGAUGAUGGAAGUUCUGAUGGUGGAGGCGAAGGUUCGAGCGAAACUGGGGGUAGAGCUGCUGGCCGCCGCCAUCAAAGGGCGUAGGGCAGAUGCACGGCUGGCACAGUUAUCCUUAAAUCUAGCAAAGAUCUGGUCCCUCGCCUUGCGCAACGUCGUCGACAACGGUUACGUGAGUUACGAGCAACUGGAGAUGUUUAUGAGAGAGCUGCAGGAUGAUAUUACAACUGGGGUCGACUUGGGCAGCCUGCGAAAUAUCGAGAGAUUCGGGACGGCGUGUAUAGAGAUCCUGGUUGCCAUGGUAGCGGACGAGAACCCUCGCACUGCGCAUAUAAUGGCCCGAAUGGUCGUAGAAGGCUGGCAACACAUCAUCAACCACGGCGGCGGCCCGCUAAUCGACAAGACGCACAUCACGGACAUAGCAGAGGAGAUGUGGAAUCUUAUCAAAGAUAAGGAAAAGAAGAGCGAGGAGGGGAACACAUGCAGGGCGUGGAACCUAGGCUGCGGGGCGAUCAAAGCCCUACACGUGGCUGUGCGAUACGGAUUUCCUGACGUGAUUGUCCGGCUUUCUGACAGAAUCGUCUAUUAUCUAGAACAGGCCAGUAAGCUUAGAGAGGCUGCUGCCGCCCAAGCCGCCCACGAUCAGAUGCUGAAGUGGAUCCCCCAACUCUGCGAAGUGGACCCGUCACCAGUUUACUAUUUCGAAGUCAUCCUUGCCCUCUUCAUCUACGCAGCUCGGGGGAAAUACUUGAGGGCCAAGAGGGCAAUCAGUCGGGGAAUUUCUAGCAUCAUUAGAGAGCCAUCAGCCGAGCGGACGCUGUUAGUGGGGCAUAUCAGAAGCGUUAUCUCAAGUACGGAAAGACCAGAUGAUGCCGCAAGGCUUAGAGUGGCCAUCAAGGCGCUGCAGGGAAUGAUAGAGAAAUUUCCAGCACUUGAAGAGAUAAUAGGAGAGCCGAGCGACGAGGCUCCGCUUGGCGAGCAUCUGAACUCGAAGGUUAAGUCAGAGGACCCCCUUUUAGGACACCUCCACAUUUAG